CUUAGAAGGGUAUUUCCUUGUCAAUUCCCAAGACAACAGGAAGGACCUCAAGGCGCCACCAAGAUAGUUGAAGCUGUCAAUGAAAGACAUUCGGUGGCAGUGAAAGCACAACGGUUUCCCGAGAGCUGUUAUGGGGAAGCCCAGCGGAAAACAGGAACCGGUCCGGAAAUGGCGUGAAUUCUGUACGGUGGCGCUCCAUAAGACGUUGUACAACAACUUAUGGAUUAUGGCGGAUCAGAAGGGGGAUGACACAAUCAAGAAGCAAAACGCUGCCUUGCGUUCCUAUUUCCCUCUGGCUGUGGACGGAGAGAACGUCUGGAAACUGGUCGUUGAAUUGUUCGAGAGAUGGGAGACAGGUAGAUUGCUCGGCCACGACGAAGAAAAGUGGAUCGUGAGAAAGAAGAAGGUCAGAAACGUAAAGCACGUGGUUGCCUACAUCGACAAUGAAAAGCUAGGAAGGAAGGAGGUCGUGUACAACGUCCUUGUGAACCCGCCGACGAGGAAAUGCAAAAACGAGAAAGAGGAGGGCGAUUGGUUAGCGCAAGUGCCUGAGCCGGACACACAUUGUUGGAAAGCGAUGGAAUCGCUAACCGACAACGAGAAGUGUCAUGUCCUGAAGAAGGUGCUCGCUUGCGAGAUGGAUUGGGUCCAAGUCGGCUCCCCGGCGUUGGCGAAGCUGGGGAAGCUCAGCGUGCAGGAUAUGGUGCAUUUGGUGAAGUGCGACCCCGUGCUCGUACGUUUGUCGACGGAGAAGUUGGCCAGUCACAUGAAGGUGACCAUCGACUGGAGAAACAAGGUUUUUUCCGCGUUGACUGGCAGUAGACUGACUCGGAAGAGUCGCGAGAUCGCUCUUGCCGAAGGCAUUGUGCACAUAAAAUGGAAAGACACGGGCGACGUGACAUCCAUCGCACCGUUCGGCAACGACCCUUUGGAGGCGGACAUCAGGAGUGCGGAGCUGAAGGAGGCGGUGGCUGCCACAGAGAGCCACACGUUCGUCCUCGACCUCUGCGAACCGGUUGACCUGAAGCUGUGGAAACCACAAGCGUUCGAUACUCUGCAUUCCCAACUUCAGACGUGGUAUCCGUCGCAUUGGACGCUCGUCGUUUUCGUGCCGCGACAGCAUAACCUCUCGUUUAUGGCCAGUAUGAACCAUCUUUCUUUCGUGAAGCUCCUGGAAGGUAAGUGGGUGAGGAGAACUCAGGAGAAGAAAAGUUUCCCUGUCGGAAACAAUUUGUACACGGAAGACGACCGGAUUUACAUCCUCUUCAAGGGUGACGCUUUGCACGCUAACACGUUCGUCGUUUACGAGGUAUGGCUGCCGGCAGGUGCCGCUGCUGCAGUGCGGUUGCCACAGAAGGUUACCCAAACGGAUGUGUUCGAGAUUCCGUUCACGCCUUGUGAGUCGGCACGUUGUCACGAUGGAAGGGAACUCCAACGUUUUGCAAUGCGCGAUGCAACUUAUCAAAAGCGAGAUCAAUUUGGGGCCCACAAUUGCGAGUUCAUGGUCGUGAAGGAGACACGGGGUCGUAUGUGGAACAACAAGACGGACAUGUGGUUCAAGUUGAGUGAGAGGAAGCGGAACAAGAUAUACGACUUCUUGUUCCUGCAAACGCGGCUGAGGAAGGAUACUGACGCCGAGUAUGUGCGCCGCAGGGACCACAGGUUCGCGCUGCUAGACAACUACCACAGCGUCUCCCUCAUAAAGUUUAACGCGAAGACAUUUCUCGAAAGGUUGCAGUCCUUGUACUUCGUGGAGUCAGAGGAGGAGUUGAAGUUUGACAGUUACUCUUCGUUCAUCUCCAUGGAAGACGAGGAAACCACAGGCGUCGAAUUUGACGUGAACGAGAACGAGGAGCACAAGCGGUUAUUGGGUAGAUGAAAAUUCAUGAAUGAAAAUUAUGAAGUGAG